GAUUUCUUUUUUAAGUCUGUGUGCUGCAGAAAAAGUGUACAUGAAUGAUACUGUUCGUCAUUUAUCUGGUAACUGAAUGAAUUAAAUCAGUUACUCAGCGAAAGUGGCAGUAUUUGGAAGUGGAUAUGGGUGGUACAUGUGAGCAGAUGAGCAUCCCAGGGGCCAAUGCUGUUUACAGGUGAUAAUUGGAAUUGGCCAUGUCUUCUGACCUCUUGUCCCCAGGGACUGUUCAUUUCACCACAGGGGACAGAAGGACCAGUGGGGUCAGUGAUGGGCGGGACCAUUAGGGAUUGGUAAUAGAAAUGUGUGUUGGGAGGGGAGCUAUUUAGAGUGGUACAUAUAUUGAGGAGGAGGACGAGGUUGAAGAGAAUCUCAACAGUAAUACACUUUGAACUGUGAGAUACGUUCAGAAACUGACCAACUGAAGGACAAGCAGAGAGAGCUCCUGGUGGGACGUUGGGACACCUGAAGUGACAAAGUUGAGACGAAGGUGGGAAUAUCAUGUGUGUAUCUCGGCUGGUUUUACUGUUUGGGCUGCUUCUAUGUGUGGGGGCUCAGCUGUCCAACGCCCAGCACUGGUCCCAUGGUUGGUACCCUGGAGGCAAGAGGGAACUGGACUCUUUUGGCACUUCAGAGAUUUCGGAGGAGAUUAAGCUGUGUGAGGCAGGAGAAUGCAGCUAUUUGAGACCCCAGAGGAGGAGUGUUCUGAGAAAUAUCAUUCUGGAUGCCUUAGCCAGAGAGCUCCAGAAGAGGAAGUGACAGCUCUCCAGCCUAUACUGCUUUUCUAUCCUCUUCUUCUGUAUUCUUGUCUUUGUGUGAAACAACUUUAUGAUGAUCCUCUGUUCUGGUCUAUUUCAUGGAGUUGUCAGUAAAUUUGUUUUCCAGCAUUACAUGAAUUUUCCCAUUGGCAAACAAAUGUUGAAAUUACAAUGUCCCAUAAUAAAGUACCUAUUUUGAUAUUAA